ACGGUCCACUAUGGCGGCGAGCGGAUCGGGGAGGAGGGCUACUACAUCCGGCCGACGAUCUUCACGGAGACGAAGCCGCACAUGAAGAUCGUGCAGGAGGAGAUCUUCGGCCCCGUGUGCGUGGUCGUCAAGUUCAAGGACGACGACGACAUCGUCGCCCAGGCGAACGACACCAUCUACGGUCUCGCGGCUUCGGUAUACUCGCAGAACGUCACCCGCGCGCUCUCGACUGCGCACAAGAUCCGCGCGGGCACCGUCUGGGUCAACACUGCGAACAUGCUCUACCCGCAGGUUCCCUUCGGCGGCUACAAGCAGUCCGGUAUUGGUCGCGAGCUGGGGUCGUAUGCGCUGAAGAACUACACCGCCGUCAAGUCUGUGCAGGUCAACCUUCACCUCAGCCUCUCAUGA